UGAUAAUUCUUUUUUAGCAUCUAAUAAAGUACUGCACGAGAAACAAAAGCUCUGCCUCUCUUUCUCACUCCAUCGCUGACUGCAGAUAAUUUUGCGGAGACUCAAUCAAGAGGCUCUUAGAGCCUGAUCAAGGUAAAGCAGUUGAAUUUCUAAUAAGGAUAUCAUAAUCGAAUCUGUUUCCCGGGAAAUCGAAACUUUUAAAGAGGACCUAUGAUCAGUCCAACCGUCGCUGCAACUGCGUUACUGGCCAUAGCCACUUCUUAUCUCUUUCUUUUCGUUACUUCACCUUCAAAAUCAACUUAUCAUUCCCUCUUCAUAUCCGAUUCCCUCGCUGAUAAUGCCUCCAUAUCCCGCCACCUCCGCACCCUCACGCGCCGUCCUCAUGCUGCCGGCUCCGAAGCCAACGCCGAGGCCGCAACUUAUGUUCUUUCAGUUCUCACCUCCUCUUAUAUUCCAUCCCACAUAACUUCUUAUAAGGUCUCCCUCACAUGCCCACUUUCUCGCUCUUUAUUGCUCAUAAACCCAUCUCCAAAACCACCCACUAGCUUCACUCUACGACAAGAAACCUACGAUGGUGAUCCUUAUGCUGAUGUUGAAGGCGAGGUUCUACCCACAUUCCAUGCUUAUGCUAAGUCAGGCACUGUGAUUGGUCCUGUGGUUUACGUCAACUAUGGGCGCGUGGAGGACUAUUUGAAGUUGAAAGGAAUUGAGGUGAAUGUUUCAGGUACAGUGGUACUGGCACGAUAUGGGGAAAUUUACAGAGGGGAUAUAGUGAAAAAUGCGUAUGAGGAAGGAGCUAUUGGGGUGGUGAUAUAUUCAGAUCGUAAGGAUUACGGCGGCGCCGGCGAGGCACGUUGGUUCCCUGACGGUAGGUGGAUGCCGCCGAGUGGUGUUCAGGUGGGAACGGUACAUAACGGAUUGGGUGAUCCUACGACUCCUGGUUGGGCGAGUAGAGAUGACGACGACGAUAAAUGUGAGCGGCUAUCAGAAGAUGAAGUUGAGAAAGAAGGAGAUGUUUCUUUUACUUCUUUACCGGUUUCAGCAGCGGAUGGUGAAGAGAUACUAAGGUCAAUUGGUGGUCCAGUAGCUAAUGAUGAUUGGCAAGGAGACAAAGAUGCACCUACUUACAGGGUUGGACCAGGUCCAGGAAUUCUCAAUCUCAGUUACACUGGGGAGGAGGUGUUAGCCAAGAUUGAGAAUGUUAUUGGUGUGAUUAAGGGAACAGAAGAACCUGAUCGAUUUGUCAUCCUCGGUAACCAUAGGGAUGCAUGGACGUUCGGAGCUGUUGAUCCUAAUAGUGGUACUGCAGCACUACUUGAGAUUGCUCAACGGCUUGGGAAGCUUCUGAAAAGAGGUUGGAAACCUAGAAGAACGAUUAUCUUAUGUAACUGGGAUGCAGAGGAAUAUGGCCUUAUAGGAUCUACUGAAUGGGUAGAAGAGAAUAGAGAAAUUCUUGCUUCAAGAGCAGUUGCUUACUUGAACGCUGACUGUGCAGUAAGAGGACCUGGGUUCCAUGCCCUAGCUACUCCACAGCUCGAUGAAUUAAUCAAACGAGCAACUCAGCAGGUCAAGGACCCGGAUAACUCAUCAUUGACUAUCUAUGAAUCAUGGGCUGGUUCUGGUAGUUCUCCAAUGUUUGGAAGAUUGGGAGGCGGGGGAUCAGAUUAUGCAGCUUUUGUGCAGCAUGUGGGAAUUCCAUCAACUGAUGUGUCUUUUGGAAAAGAUUACCCAGUCUACCACUCAUUGUACGAUGAUUUUAUCUGGAUGGAGAAAUUCGGUGACCCUAAGUUUCAAAGGCAUGUGGCAGUGGCUAGCGUUUGGGGUCUAGUGGCUCUUUGGCUGGCAGAUGAGGAGUUCUUGCCUUUUGACUAUCUAUCGUAUGCUAAGGAGCUCCAGAUUAGCUCAAAGAAUCUAGAAGGUGAGAUUUCAAACAAAGACAUAAGUUUGGCUCCCAUAUUCAAGUCCAUCAGAGAGCUUGAGAAAGCAGCAAAGGAGAUGGAAUACCAGAGAAAGGCAAUUGAAGAAAGUCGAGGUUGGAUAACAACGGCAUGGAAGAAAGACCAGUUGAGAGUGAGAGAGCUCAAUGAUAGACUGAUGAUGGCUGAGCGUGCCUUUGCUGACAAAGAUGGCCUCGUUGGAAUGACAUGGUAUAAGCAUUUGAUCUAUGGACCAUCUAAACACAAUGACUAUGGAUCACAAUCCUUCCCGGGGAUAGAUGAUGCUGUAAGCGUGGCAAAAGAACUGAAGACUGAAGAAUCAUGGCAUCGAGUCCAGCACGAAAUUUGGAGAGUAUCAAGAGUCAUCAGACAAGCCUCCUUAGUUCUAAAGGGUCAACCAACAUGAAUAGUAUUUACUUGUAUAUUUCCACUUGGUUUGAACCUUUUUUUUUUUUUUUUAAAUGCUGAUAGAUUAAGUAGUGUGUUGUGGAUAUAAUCUCUGAAUUUCAGAUGAAUUUCUCUUGCAAGUGCCUAGUGUAAGAAUGUGACACCUAUUGUAAAGAAUGUGACCUAGUGAAGCGAUAGCUUUCUGGGGAAUUCUUUCCCCAUCAUUAAUAUACCCUCUCUAGUUUUAGAUA